AGCAUAAGACUCCUGGGUCUGGCAGUCGCAUUCCCUCAGGCUAACUAGACGCCACCCUCUGUCCUUGCUCCUCGUGUCCCGACGUCAUUUUGCAUGCUUGUGCAUACCGAGGGAUAUGUGGCGUAUAUUGUGUGUUGCGUUGACGAGAGCGUGAUCCUGUGGUGCUGUACAGGAAGCGGACUUGGAGAAGAGUGAAACAAAUCUCGAGAAGUGCAACAGGACAACGUGAGGGAUCUUCAAGGUUAAGGACAAAGCAUAAAGACGAUCAGUGGGUGAGAAGAAACUGCGAUUAUCUAAUGAACGUUGGUUUACUGUUUGUUGUUUUAAGCUGAUGUUUGGAAAUUUGUGAUCCGAAAAUCUUAGAACGAAGCCUCUCCAGUGUUUUGGAUCACUGUUGUGGGCUGUAAACAGUGUCUGGCAGGAAGAAAUUUGUGUAGAUCACGUGUUACAUGAUGGCCAUGUCCCCACUGAACGUAGGGAGCCCGUCAGAGGCUCUCAAACGCAAGUCUCCUGAUGAUACUGAAGGGGUCGUGCUCUCGCUCCGUAAACACCAAGUGACGACCCCUAUCUCCCUCACCACCACCACUAACAGCACCCAGGUCUUCUCCGUCAUAGAGGGACAGAUCAUGCAAGACGUGGACGAUGUUUGUGAUGAUGUUGUGGACGAUGUUGUUGAUGACGUAGUGGACGAUGUUGACGAUGAGGAACGCGUGGGCGGGCACCCGUCCAGCCUGGGACCAAUCACGAGCAUCGGGGGCGUGGGCGGGUCAGCCUCCUUCGCCUCCACGCCCAGGAUACACACGCCCACCACCGACUUCCAGCCACCCUACUUCCCCCCUCCCUACCUGGGCACAGAGAACCAGAUGACGACACACCACCCAGCCGCCGACCCCUACCAGCUGCAUUCUCUUCCAGCCAACUACACAACCUACACCUCGGCGACGCUGCAGAACAGACACGAGGUACCACGAAGGGAGGACCCACUUCACGUCGUAAGUAGUGAACCUUCGAGUGUGUGGAGCUUGACGCGUGGCCAAGAUGUGAGCGGGCAGGUGGGUCUGUACGACAGGAGCUACGCGGGUGUGGACAGGGCUGGAGCCGUGUUGAUGGGCGCGGCGCGACACGAAGACAUCAUCCUCAGUAACACCAUCCAUCCCCACGCCAUCGAGGAACCCGUGCAGGCAAAACGAGCGAUUGCUAGUCAACAGUUCGCCGAGCGUGGCCUCUUUCUGGAAGGCGUGUUAGAGUCGGACACGAGCUUCACCGGUGAUAUCUUUAAACACGAUGGCUUCGGCAAGAUGGGCGACCACAUGAUGAAGGAGAACCUGCUGGGCCCGGCGAUGCCCUCCGACGUGUUCUGCUCGGUGCCAGGACGCCUCUCCCUCCUCUCCUCCAACUCCAAGUACAAAGUGACGGUGGCGGAGGUGCAGCGACGACUCUCCCCUCCAGAGUGUCUCAACGCCUCCAUCCUGGGCGGCAUCCUCCGUAGAGCCAAGAGCAAGAACGGCGGACGGAUCUUAAGGGAUAAGCUGGAGAAGAUAGGUCUCAACUUACCAGCGGGACGAAGGAAGGCAGCCAAUGUUACCCUCCUGACCUCUCUCGUUGAAGGCGAGGCCAUCCAUCUGGCGCGAGAUUUUGGGUACGUUUGUGAGACUGAGUUCCCCGCACGCCAGAUCGCCGAGUACCUGUGCCGUCAACACUCAGACCCCGCUGAACAGUACCGGCGCAAGGAACUAAUUCUUGCCACAAAGCAAAUCACCAAAGAACUGAUGGACCUGCUGAACCAGGACAGGUCUCCGCUAUGCAAUACCCGGCCGCAGAUCAUCCUGGAGCCGUCCAUCCAACGACACCUCACACACUUUUCUCUCAUCACCCACGGCUUUGGUUCCCCUGCCAUCGUCGCCGCACUCACAGCCAUUCAGAAUUUCUUGACGGAAUCCCUGAAGCACCUUGAGAAGUCCUUUCCAUCUUCCAACUCCCACCUCACUGUCACACCCUCCAUAGAUCUCAAGAACAAGGAUAUGGAAAAGAAAUAACGGUGUGGUCACGUAACUCACUUCCCCCUUUCCACCUACACCACCGCCAGCCAGCCACCGAGAGUCAGACAAUAUGAGUCAUUCCUCAGUUUUUGGUAUGGCUCGUGAGGAUGCAAACUCUGCCGUAGUUUGCAGUCAUCAAACCUGUGUUGUCUUCAAUUAUGCCUCACUUUUAUUUUAAAGAAUCAUUGCUCUCCUGAAGACUCACUGCCGACACAAGUUCGGCAAACAGUUGGUCAUAUGACUCUAUAAGCUUGGCCUGACGGUCGCUGUUUGUAAAUAGAACUUUAUAAGUUUUAAGGUUGAUACAUGGCUGUCAUGGGGCUAGCUGUGUACUGAUGGCAGCAGAAGUGCAAUAACGCACAAGAGAUAGUGCAUAAUACUCAGCUUUGUGGAAACGAAAUGAAAAGACUAUAGAAGUGAUUUCUGGGAAAUUUAUUUUAGUAAUUUCACCUCUUCUAAGAGGUCUAAUGAAUCUCACAAUCAGUAGAAGGUUAUAAGUGUAGUUUGCUAAGGUUUGUACAAAUGCCAUAUUGCCAUAUUUUAUUUUGAUUGUUAAGGUUAUCAAACACCUAAUAUUUACAACUACAGUUUAGAGACAAAUGAGAUUAGUUUGCGGAUAUUUGGAUACAAAGUGAGACAGUGUUCAGCUAUUUCAUGUGCCACUCAUGAUGCCCAGAUUGAAAUUCUAUUGUGAUGAUCUACCAUUUAACAGUAUUGUCUACAGAAUACUUUGUUUUGUAUCUAGUAAGUAGCCAAACUUUGUACGUUAGUAGUGUCAGGGUGAAUGACCCUCCGAGGUUUUUCACAUCCCAUACAUAUCUGCCAAAACAAUGUACCAAGUGCAAUCUCUUGGCGAUGUGAUUUAUAAAUUAGGUUAAUGGGCGCCUUUGGGACAAACUGACUAGUUAUGACAAUGAGGUCAUACCAGCCUCUAUAGAUGUAAUAUUUUGUUGUCAGUUACCCAAGUUGUCCCAUGUUUUGUACAGUGUAGAAAGAACCUACAGACUCUAUCUCUCUUUGGAUGGGACUCUCUCACCUAACCUCUUGGCUGGGAGUAGUUUAGCGUUAAUCUUACGUAGGUGAUAGGAGCCAAGCCUCUCACAGACACGAGUUUCGGUGUCCAACAGGCAUGACAAAAGUUAUAUAAAUUUCACUCCCUUACCUCCUUGCACUUGAUACUUUCAAAAUGUCUCUCUAUCUGUUACUUUUGUUCUCCAAUUUUGUUAUCGAGAUGUGAAUAGUACGUGAUCUCUCAAAAGUGAUCUGCAUCUUUCCCCAAGUACAAUCAAGGGCGUGAAAUUAGCUCGCCCAUAUUUAUAAGCUGCUUCAGCACUUUUUUCUGUACAAUUCAUGCUUGUAUUAUUUACAUUCUUUAUCAUAUCACUGCUUAGUAUCAGUAUUUAGUUUCACUAGUCUUGCUCACUGUUCCUUUGUAUUCUUCUUAUUAAGCAUUAGAAAUUCUAUCAUGCUUGUAUGAAUUUCUAUUUUUCUGUAUGUUAAUAUUUUGCUAGAAUGACAGUACUUCAGUAUAUCUUGUAAGACAUUUUUGAAGACUGUUUUAUUCUUGUCUCCUGCUCUAUUAUAUCCCAAAAUAAGGGUGUGUUAUAACUUCACUGUGAUCCCUUAGGAACCCAGUGUACUGUAAUUUAAAAUAUUUUUCUAUUUUUCCUUGUACACAAGUGAACAAUGUGAUGUAUGUACUUAGUUGGUCCAAUAGGUCAUAAUAAAGUGUGUUGCCAUGAAUGUAUCUUAAAGUGUAAUGAGAGCAGCAAUUAUUAUCUUUGGGUGCUCAUUCAGAAAGGCUUUUUCAGUACUGUACUGUACUGAAAAUUGUGCUUAGUGUAAUAAUACUCAGGAUUUCUAAUUGAUGCUCAUAUAACACUCUCUUGAAUCUGUUGUGAAUCUGACCCAGUGGUUUACUUUGGGUCAUGGUGACAGUAACCUAUUUGUUUAUAUUGUAUUCUGUGCUUUGAAUAUUCCGAUUCUCAAUAAAGACAACAAGGGCUCUGGGUAAGAUGCACCCAACAGAAACCUCAUAUCAAGACCUCCUGUGGUCCUAGUUUAUUCUACUUACCCCAUUUUACUCUCUGCCCUUCCAUAUGUCUGCAAGUAUGGCGUUGCUCAGACACUUUUCUUCUACAAAGGAAAGACUUUUUGUUGCCCAAUUUCAUGUAAUGUUAUAUUAUUAAAUAAGGUAUUUUAUACUGUGCCGCCCCACUGGCACAUGCUCUCCACAACCUGGUUGUUUUGUGUGUUCCUCCAUAAUGGAUGGUACCAUCGUGUUGUAUAGUUUAUCUGUCAACUUGAAAUAAUUUUAAUGCUAAAGGAUGCCAUAUGUAGAAUAAUAAUAAAAAUCUUAACAAGACUA